AUGUCUACUGCUCAACAAACACCCAUCCUCAAUCACUCAUACCAAAAUGCUAGUGAACUACUUUCCGAGUUCAUGAGAUCGCCACUUCCCUUGCUUCCCGACAAGAAAACUCAUACCUUCCCUUCCACUCGUUCCCCGGAUGUUCACACGAAAGCCGUGGCUUUCGCGCUGUGUCCUCAUGGCUGGUGGCCAGCAUCCAAAAACCAGAAGCGACGAAUUUUCGCUCCAUGUAUCACCAUUAAAGACGACAAGACGGGAGCCUUUCAACCAAAAGAACCCUUACCAUUCAAAGCUCGAGUACCUAUCUCAGAAACCUCGCAUCCAUUGUUAUACUUCGCCACAAAGAAAUGGUUGUGUUUAAUGAGUGAGGAUAACGGUAAGACCUACGGACGAGCUCUGGGAGAAGCAGCACAGCAAGGAUUCUUGUUCGUCGAAGAAGGUUUGAUACUCUCCCAAUUAUUUGCCUUGGACGAGCAUGGAUCUAGCAUCUUUUUCGAUGAGCUGCCACCGUCAGCGAAGGGCGGUGGUUGA